CUAUGAGAAGUUCGAAGGAGCUCGAGGGCUAUCCAGCUGGGUUUUUAUCAGAUUGUCCAGGAUCAACCAAAGUGGCAUUCAUAAGUAAUAAUACUCUUAAACAUCUCAGAAUACAUGUACAGAAUUCAAGUAGUUCAGUUCGUCGUAAGUAUUAUUACUUUCAGAUCGAUGAACUCGCUAAAGAUCCAGAUAUAGACUUUAAGAAGAAGACUAUGUUGUAUGUGGGGGGGUUCCUGGAUAGUCCAGUUUUCCCGUUUGCCUCUGUCAUGGCAGCGUCGUACGAAACCUUAGGAUAUAAUGUGUUGCUUUUGGAUACGACUACUUUUACCACAGUGGAAUAUCCCCAAGCUGCGAGAUUUAUGCGUCCCGUUGGAAUGCACACAGCCAAGAUGUUAGCCGAUCUCACUGCACAAGGCUUAGACCCAAAGAAGUUGGAAAUUGUAGGCUUAAGUCUCGGCGCACAGACGGCGAGUUUUAUAGCCAAGAACUAUAGACUUUUAACUGGAAUGAAUAUAUCUAGAAUAACAGCACUCGACCCUGCUGGUCCUUGCUUCAGGAACUUGGGGCCAGAAGACAGACUCGACCAGACUGAUGCUGAUUUUGUGGAAACGAUUAAUACAAAUAUCGAUGAAUUUGGAAUGGCAACUCCAGUCGGCCAUGUUAAUUUCUACGUGAAUGGUGGAGAAAAUCAACCGGGGGAACUUUUUUGGAUGCUGUGCACAUCAUUCUGUAGUCACAUCAGGGCUUAUACGAUCUGGAAGAUAGCGUUGAAGUAUCGUGAUGCCUUUGUCGCGAUACAAUGUGAUUCUGUGCAACAAGCGAGAAACAAAAAUUGCUUCGACAGACGACCUGUAGUGACUAAUGUGUUGGGAUUAAAUGUAAAUAAGACUAACGAAGGGAUAUUCUACUUGGCAACCACUAACACCCCUCCAUAUUUUCUAGGAAAGAAAGGUAUGAGGAAGCAACACGACUUUUAUUUAUCACUUACGAAUUCACUCAAUGAAAAAGACGUGAUAAAAAUCUGAUUAUAAAUGUACAGUCCUAUUCAAAUCGUAGAAGGUGUGUUUAUAUUGUCAUCUUUAUUUACAUGAAUUAAUAAUUAUUUAUGGUUAGGUUACUAAUUUAUUUCGUAUUUUCUACAGAACAAAUUAUUUGACGUAAAUUACAUGUAUGACAGACAUCUUGAUACGCCAUUUCGCUUAGGUACUCUUUACUAGAUUUAUCUAAGAGGGAGCUGUACAACCGAUAUACUGACAUAGACAGAUUACUUAAAACAGAUACGCCAAAAGCGGAAAAGAUAAAAUAUAAAUUUAAUUUAACGAAUACAUAAAACUGAUGUUGAUUGUAUACUUAUUAUAUUGUUAAUGUUUGCUUAUUUGCUUAAUAACAUUACUUAUCAAAUCUUCUAUCAACAAUUACUGUUAUGGUAGAUUGAAGUAUAAAAUAAAUAAUCAAAUAAUUACUUAUAAUACAAUAUGUUAAAUGUUCAUUUAAUAAAAUUUUGGAGUUAAGCAGUGCCAUCUCCUGUAGAGUUACGUAACUAAAAAGAAAAACACUCGUCCUAUGACAUUUGUAAUAGUGUGUAGUUUAUUCCUUUGCUAAUAGAUGGCGGUGCAUUACAAUA